ACUAUCGUAUAGUCUGUUAUCAUCCAGUCUUGAGACGUUAGACAGGUAUUAGUAGUGCUAGUCGAACUGCUUGUGAUAUAGCCGUCAAAAUGCAAAAUCGUAAUUUUCAAUUCGAAGCUUUGCUGGGAAAAGGAACUUUUGGGAAAGUGUAUCUCGUCAAACGUCGUAAAGAUUCCAAGCAAUUCGUCAUCAAGGAGCAAGAACAAAAUUCUAGUAAUGCUUGGAUCAAUAAGAUGAUAACGGCAGAGGUAGAGUGUAUGCAAAUUUUAAGACACCCCAACGUUGUUUCAUAUUAUGGCGCUUGGCAGGAGUCUAAAAACUUUUAUAUUUUAAUGGAAUAUGCUGCUCACGGAACGUUGAGAAAUCUUUUAGAUAACCGAUCCAGCCCGUUGCUAGAGCAAGAUUGUUUAUAUCUUUUUGCUCAAGUCGUUAUGGGUGUUCAUCAUAUACAUUCAAAAAAUAUAUUACAUAGGGACUUAAAGCCAGAUAAUAUAAUGUUGACUGGACGCAUGGGAGAUAUAGUAAAAAUCGGCGAUUUUGGAUUAUCAAGAGAUUUGCGAGAGAACAACUUGAGUCACGCUGGAUCCUACUGUUAUAUUGCCCCAGAAAUGCUAAAAAAAGAGCCAUACGAUUUAAAAAUUGACGUUUGGAGCAUGGGUGUAGUUUUGUACGAGAUGCUUACUCAAGAACUUGCUUUUUCAGUAACGACUUUCAAGGAAGCAGUAGAUAUGGUGUGCAAUCGAAAACCAAUAUUAUUUAGAUCGUCUAAGGUGUCUAAAGAAAGUAGAAUUAUGGUCUAUAAGAUGCUGCAGCAAAGGGCUAAACUACGACCGACUACUCGUCUUCUUUUACUCUGUCCAUAUCUUGCUCCAUAUGUUGCCAAAGUGUACUUGAAUCUAGGACGUUCAUAUUCGACUUCUUCCCAAACUUUUGGAUUCAGUAUUUUUAAUCAAUUUCUUAAAACACCGCUGAAGUAACUACAUUGUGCUAUGAAUGUGCCUAAUUUGUUUUAACAUUAGAAGAUAAUCUCGCAGCAGUUGGACGCGCUAAAAAAUAAUUUCAGGAAUAUUAGUAUAAAUAUAUUUUAGAUUGAGAAUGAAUUAAACAUUUUAAAAAUACAAAUUUAGAU